GAAAAUAAUAAUAAAAAAAACCGGACAAGUCAGGGUCGGCCAACCGCGCACAUUUGCGACAGUCUCAUACUUCCAACAUGGCUUCUGUUUGGACUGUUCUUUGUCUUCUUGGCUUUGCCUUUGUCUCAGCUCAUGCAUCUGGGUGUACCGAUAUAUUUCAUGGACUCGGCUGUCGGCCCUUGAAUGCUUCAUGCCGGAGUGGAAAGGCAGUACUUUCCAGAAGUCUUUGUCCUAAUCCCAAAGAGAAGUGUUGUGUUCCUAGCACGGUGCACAAGUGCCUGAGCGGCCUCGCCUGCAGUGGACGCCCCAAGGGUGAAGUGGGAUCAAUCAACGGAACCCCUGUCUGCUGCCCUCCUAAUACCCGACCUGGUUUUAUGAUAUUCGAAAGAAUGUGCUUUUGCAAAGAGUAGACGACUUUGCACGCCUAGUAUUUUCGCAAGAACGAACCACUUCUAGAAUAGGAUGUUAGUUCUGUUGAAAUCCUCCUCAAGUUGUUUUUACAAGAAAUCGUAGUCUUCAGGUCUUCUCCUUUCCGUAACUGUUUUAGGCGCGGGGAGGCUAGGAAGCAUCUUAUAUGUGUUAAUCAGUAAACAUUUUCUGUAUAUGUCCUUAGCAAACUUUUUCUGCUGCCCACAAUCUAAUCCAUGGUCGUCACUUCAUGUUAUCGUUGAUUAAACGAGUGACGACAAGAAGAAUGUGUUGGUUCGAGAAAAAUAAUAAAAUA